AUGGCCGACGACGACGAGUGGCGCGCGCGCGUCGAUCGAGAUGAUAACGUCCAACAGCUGCUGACGGUGAUGCUCACGGCGAAGGAUCCGCCGUACGAUGACGUGACGGUGUCGAACGCGCGCGCGGCGUCGAGAAAGGUGGAGGGGAUCAUAUUCGAUCGCGCGACGGACCGAGAGACGUACGAGCGGAAGAUCAGACAAAAAAUCGAGAGCAUGAACGAGCAGAUCGUGAAACAGCGAGCGAAGCGAGCGUUGGAGGCGGAAGGGCAGACCAUGGCUGAGGCGCCGGCGAAACACAAGGUGCCGAGGGAGGCGGAAGCGCGAGACGCGCGAGCGGAGACCUCGGACGCGACGGCGACCGGUUACGCGUACGAGGAGGGACGGCGGUAUUUUUACGCCGUCGGCGCAGAUGUGCAGAAGCGUUUGCGCGCGAACGCUCUGACGAAGUGGCUGGAGGCGAACCGAAAGACGUCGCAGAUCGCGAGGGAUUUCAUCACGGCCAAAGGAGGGGAGGAGAAGAAGAGAAUAUACAACGAAAAGUUGAGAGGCUACCUCGACGAGUGGGUUUUCAAGUAUAUCACGAUGCGGUUGGAGAUGAAGCGUCGCGAGAGCGCGUUUUCGAUCAAUUCCGAGUUGCAAGGUUUCGUCACGAACCUCAUGACAACGAACGCCACGGAGGACGGCGGCAACGCGGCAAAGCGUCAAGCCACCGAGGCGGCGAGGGCAAAGGCGGCAAUGGUCGAGCCCACAUCGGAUUAUUGGCUCAAGGUACACGAGUUGAACGAGAAGUACCACGCUCCGCUGAGUCGGGCGCUGAAGUCGGUGCGGCAGUCUAAGGUGAAGCUCGGAGCGAUACGACAAAAGUUUGUUGAUUUACUCGCCAACCGCAUCCUUCCCACCAUCGAGCAGACUCCAAAGAACCGUAAUCUGAGCAUCCCGCCCCACAUGUCACACCUGUUGCAGAUCGAAACGGCGAUCAAGAAGGCUUUGGCCAAGUAUGAAGCGACGCAGCAGAUCAAGCAAGAGCAAAAGAGACUGGAAGCGAUGACGCCGACGCAACGUGCAGUGGCUUCACUCACCGAGGGAGGCGCGAAAGACACACAUAAAGAGGCGCGCGCGGCGAUCAGGGAAACAUGCGCUUCUCUUAAGAGUCACAUGGGCGUUAACGGCGAUUUCUCCGCCGAACGCUUCGACUCGGACGAAGACGAAGUUGAUGAUUCCGUCUCGGCGGAGCUCCUGAAGGAUUUGUUGGAGGGCGAAAAAGCGCUCACCGUCUUACCCGCGGGUGCCCCGAACACGUGGACACUCGAGCUCGGCAAUAAUGUCGUCGCCGUCGCGUUCAAGGGAUACUGGGAUUCCAUGUCUGAGGACGUUCGCGUCAAGGCGCUCGCAGAAUAUUAG